AUGGAGGCGGAGGGGCAGCGCGUUUCCGCAGCCAGCGCCGGGCUCACGUCGCUGGCGCUCCGCCUCACGAAGCAGCUCGUCGCCAACAAGAGUGACCGCAGCGGCAACCUCGUCUUCUCGCCGCUGUCCAUCUACGCCGCGCUGGCCCUGGUGGCCGCCGGGGCACGGGGCGCCGCCCUGGACGAGCUCCUGGCCCUGCUCGGCGCAGCGUCACGCGACGACCUCGCCGAGCUCGUCCGCGGCGCGCUCGACGACGACUCCGAGUCCGGCGGCCCGCUCAUCGCAUUCGCGUGCGGCGUCUGGCACGACAACGACGUGGUCUUGAAGCCGGCGUUCAGAGCGACCGCCGUCGAGUGCUUCAAGGCCGAGGUGCGCGCCGUGGAUUUCAGGACAAAGACAAAGGCAGAGGAAGCACGGCAGGAGAUCAACAGCUGGGUGUCGGAGGCCACCAAAGGGCUCAUCACCGACGUGGUUCCUCCCUUGGACGCCGAGACCGGCCUGAUGCUCGUAAACGCCAUCUACUUCAAGGGCAAGUGGGAUAAGCCUUUCACCAAGCGCUGCACCGAGGUGGAGGACUUCUACCUCCUCGACGGCACCGCCGUGGAGACGCCGCUGGUGCGCGGCUGCGGCAGCUACCUCGUCGCCGUGCACGGCGGGUUCAAGGUGCUCAAGCUGCGGUACCAAGCACCCCUGGCCUUCCCCCGUUUCAGCGGGAACCGGAUGACGAAGGUUGCGCGCCGCGGCGACGUCGACAGGUACUCCCUGUGCGUCUUCCUGCCGGACGCGCGCGACGGCCUGUGGAGCCUCGUCGACGAGCUCGCCGCGUCCGGCCCGGCGUUCCUGCACGAUCAUCUGACGGUGAGGAAGGUCUGUGUCCGCAAGCUCUGGCUGCCAAGGUUCAAGAUGUCCUACUCCAGAAACCUCACCGACUCCCUCCGGGAGAUAGGGCUCGAGGCCGCGCUUGACCCUCGCAAAUAA